CCAUCACCCAGCCCCCCAAACACAGACGCUGCAUUCAACAGAGGAAACGGAAAAGACGAAACAUACAAGAAGGUUUUUCAUUUCAAAACCCCGGGGCAGUGGAAAGAACAGAGAGUUCCUUUCUUAAACCUAAACUUGUCCACUUUUGGCUUCAUUGUUUGACCACGAACCCGGCCUCCCACCGCGAUCUUUCCCCACUUUGUGCCCAUCUUUUCCCCAGCUGUUUGCAGCUGGCAGAAAGCACCCGCCCUGUUCGGGAAAAAGGGACCGAGAGUGACCGGAGGAGGAGAGAGAUGCCACCCCAACCUCCACAGCCGCAGGUGAGGAAGAAUAUCUUAAAGUUCCUCAAGAGUUUUUUGGGAAUCGUCCGGAUCCUGCAGAUCGCGUUUGGAGCCGGCCUGUGGGUCACCAUCGCCGCCAACAAAUACGAAGGAUCCGUCCACUUCGUCCUGUUCGUCGCGGUCCUCUUCUGGCUCCUCACCCUCGCCCUUUUCUUCCUCACCCUCCUGGACAAGCAGGACCUCGUCCCGCUGCUGGGAGGGGAGCGCUGGUUGGCCACCAACCUGGCGCACGACGUGGCCGCCGCCGUGCUCUACCUGCCGGCCAUAGCUGUCAUGAUCUUCAAGACGGAACGCAACUCGUUCUGCAACCUGGAGCAGUACAAGCACCCCUGUAUGUACAAGAUCUACCUGACGGCCGCCGUGUUCGCCUGUCUGUGCUGCCUGGUUUACCUCCUGUCGGUUAUUUAUGGUGCGUGCAGGAAGUGCCGGGGAGAACAGACGGUCAUCUGAUGAGACUGAUGGCGACAGGGAAG